AUGGCCCUGCUCAUUACAGCAGGACUGGCCUGCACCGGGCUGGCCCUCUGGGCGCUGUGCAACUGGCAAUUCCCGGCCUUUGGUCUGCUUCAGGAGGCGAGAGCUCUUUCCAAUUCGCUGGUGUCGUCGCUGAUGUCCAACUUGCCUGUGGAAGUGCAAGGAUGA